ACUGCUCUCUGCAGAGCCAGGAGACAGGUGCCCAUGGCUGUGACCUGGCACUGUCUGCCUCUCAGUGGGUGGGUGGCAUCCUGUCCUCACCAUAGGACAGCAGGCCUGUUUGCCAGCUUUCUUCCUCAGGUACCCCGUGUCCUGUCUCAGUGGAGUGUUCUUCUGCCUGUAGCUGUUUCAAAGAGUGUACAAAGGCAUUCCCCUGGUGGCACGGGGCCAGGUGUGGUCACUCCUGCUAGACAUGGACAAAGUCAAGUCCCAGAACCCAGGGAAAUAUAAAGUAAGGCCCUCCCACACUCAGCCAGGGCAGGACAAACAAGCAAGGAAGUAUCAGGAGCCCAGGACUCCAGCUGGAGGGAACGUCGAGCCCGGGUUGGGGGUGGAGGCUGUGGUCAAACACGCAUCCUGGGCACAGAUGGUGACUCAGGCCCCGCAGGUGCGCUGGGCUCUGCUGAACCUCCCUGGCUUCAGAAACAAGGCAAAAAGGAGCUUUCUGCAGAAGGAAACCUUCCUCCCUUCCUUCCAGAAGUGCUGAAUGUGGGAUGACUGCCGUUUGGGGCAAGGAGCCUUUUUUCUGUUCUGAGGCUGCUUCCUCCUCUUGGCCCUGCCCUACAGGUCAUGAAGGAGAAGGGCAAGAGGUCCUCCAGGAUCACCUACUGCAUCCAUCUAGAUGUCAGCCACACCCUGCUGAACCACGUGAUGUUCAAAGGUUCAGAGUCAAGCAGCAGGAAUUAUGUGACAUCCUCAUGACCUAUUCUGCAUAUAACCCUGAGGUGGGCUACCACAGGGACCUGAGCCGCAUCACUGCCAUCCUCCUCCUGUAUCUGCCAGAGGAAGAUGCUUUCUGGCCGCUGACCCAGCUGCUGGCUGGUGAGAGGCACUCCCUGCAGGUAUUCUACAGUCCAAAUACUGCCCGGCUCGAGAGGCUCCUAUCACACCAGAAGCAGGUGUUGCACAAGUCCUUCCCGAAGAUCAUAAGACACCUGGUCAAGGAAGCGCUGUGCAUUGAGGGUUACACGCUGAUGAGGCUCCUCCGGUGUUUCCUUGAUGGGAAAUCCUUUGGGCUCACCCUGCGACUGUGGGAUGUGCUCAUCUUGGAGGGCGCGUGGGUACUGAUGGCCACGGCGCAUGCAUCAUUCAAAAUACACAGGAAGCACUUCAUGAAGCUUUCCUGGAGCACCAUCUGGGAGUUUCAGGAGUGGCUCUCUUAGAGCUGGGCCCUGGAGGACAACGCAGUCCUAAGGAACCUUCAAGCCUCUAUGAAGGAACUCACAAGGAAACACUGGGACCUGCCACCCCCAGCCGAGCUGGAGCAAUGGUCCUCGAGGGAGUCCCCUGGCAUUGGGACCCUCUGUGAGGGGGACAGACUGGCCAUCCCCACCCCACCAGCUCAACUCCAGGAGCUCAUGCCAUCAGCCCCCCUGGGACAAAAGUCGUGUCCUCCCCAAGCCUGGCCUGACGGGGCUGUCCCCAAGGCCCAGGCUGAGGCCCAUUAGCACGAAGGGGCUUCCCCAGACCCCAGGUAGAAGAUUGCUCUCUGAGGGGCCCAGAGGCUCUAGAUGAGGGCAGCCAGUCCCCCGGUGAGGUCAGGCUUUGUAUUACACAGAAACACUUGUCCAGGACCUCUACACCACAGCUCCACACAGAUCCGCAUGUUGGGGUCCAUGUUUCCUGUGCUGUCAUUUAGAACACGGCUCUUGGGACCCUGUGGGGGCUUCUCAAGAACCUAGGGCAGUGAGGGGCCCAGAGUCUAGAGAUGAUGGCAGCCUGUCCCCCGGUGAGGUCAGGCUUUGUAUUACAAGGAAACACUUGUCCGGGAACUCUAUGACACAGCUCCACACAGAUCUGCAUAUCGGGGGUCCAGGGGCUUCUCAAGAACCUAGCAAAGUAGGAUGCUCUCUAGGGGGCCCAGAGGUUCAAGAUGAGGGCAGCCUGUCCCCCAGUGAGGUUAGGCUUUGUAUUACAUGGAAACACUUGUCCGGGAACUCUAUGCCACAGCUCCACACAAACCUGCAUGUCGGGCGUCCAUGUUUCUUUUGCUGCCAUUUUGAACAUGGCUCCUGGAACUCUGUCACUUCUUCAUCUUCUGUGGACACCAGCCCUGGAACAACAAGACGCACCUUGCCCAGUGAGCCCACUGGGACCCCGACACCAGGCCCUGCCUGGGUUUAUGACAGGGAGGAGGCACUUCGAGAGACACCCCAGCAACAAGGUGUCCCCUGCCUGCAACUCCCCUUGGUAGAAGAACAUGGCAUGGAAGGAGCCCAGGUGGCACCUACCCAGCUGCCUCACAGCCCCAGAUGGCUGCUGGCUGUUUUUGACUGACAUUUUAUUUUUAUUUUAUAUUUUUGGCUUCUGGGCCUUGGGAAAUACUCAAUGGGGGACUUGGUCCCAGCAAGGCCUCUGGAGGGAAGGCUGAGCAUGGGGUUCCUGCAGCCCCAGACAGCCAACAGCAUGCCCUGGGGCCCCUGACCCCACCUGUGGGUCAGAGCCCCUCCCCCAGGGCCCGAGUCCCAAGCCCAGAGGGACCUGGCUUCAUCCCGAGUACUAGGAGGAGAGGGGCACCACAGGCCCCCAGGUGACCACACAGAAGACCAGGGCACAGUGAGCCUCGGGUGCUGUGAGAAUUCACAUCAGACAACCUGGGCAAGCUGGGCCAGAGAUGCUGAGCCUGUACAGUGAUGAUAUAGGCAGCUGGCACAAGGAGUCAAUAGCUGUGAACACUGCUGCCUCUUCCCAACUCCAUCACUGCAGUGCAGGCAGUCUGCACCCUGGAGCCUGGCCCAAAGGCCCCCCAAAUGCCCCUGUCUGCUAUGCCAACACACCACCUGGAGGCUUUGAGGCCCUGCCUACCACACCACCCGCCUCCUGAAAGCCUCGUCCUGCAGCUUAGCCGCUGCUGCAGACACAGCAGGCACCACUGCCAAGCGCCUUCCAGUUGGGAUUCCCAGAAGGUGGAGGUGCCUCAGCAGCUCAGACUGUGAAGGUGGUUUCAUCAACAUUUCCAUUGUUCCUGCCAAAGAGAAUCCCUGCAGAGGAUGCUCUUGAUCAAGGGUGGGCAGAAUGGCAUGCCAGGUUGAUGGAGUCAGCUCCUUUCCCUGGCCACCAUGUUAGGUUGGGGACAAAGUGGCCAUCAGACAGGCAUGGGACAGAAGAGGCUCAGCAUGCUGCAUGUGCCCUGACCAAGGCUGACCAGGCUGACACCACUGCCGGGCAUCCCACCUGCUGAUGAGAGACUUGGUGUCGAUCCCUGGGCUGGCACUAUUUCCCAGGAGAACCAGCUGACUGCCUGUGGGCAGGCUGCCCACACUGUAGAGGGGGCUGAGAUGGGCCUUCACUGCAGGGAGCCCCUACCUGGAUAUAGACUUGCCCGUCCUUCCUGUCACCAUCAAGGCAGCCCACAUGGCAUUGCUUUUGACCAGGUCACUUCAUUCACAGCAAGGGACAUGCAGCUGUGGCCCCUGAUCAGGGAACUAACUGUUCUCACUAUGUCAGCCACCACCUGGAAGCAGCUGGGCUUACUUACGAUCGCUUAGUUGGGAUUGUAACUGACGUUGCUGAAGUGAUGGUUUGUCUUACAAGAUAAAUGUUAUACUUUCUACUGGAAACCAGUAUAUGGUGCUGCCUCCCUGACAGCCAGAAGGUGUAGUUCUGAGUGAAGGUGUGAAAAUGGACAAUGCUCAGUAUUGCACCGAAUGUCUAAGUCACAAAGUUUUCCUCUGCCUGUCCUGGAGAAAUGGAGCUUUGCUGGUUGGAAGGUCUUAGGACCCAGCAAGAGUGAAGCUUCCCCCAGGGGAACACAACAAUGUUUCUAUUUAAUAUGAAGAGACAGGACUAAAUCUGAAACCCCAGGGCAUUCUCUGGUGUUCUUGGUGUUUCCAUGGAAAGAAAGUCAAAUAGGCUGGGCCCGGUAGCUUACGCCUGUAAUCCCAGCACUUUGGGAGGCCAAGGUGGGUGGAUCACAAGGUCAGGAGAUCCAGACCAUCCUGGCUAACACGGUGAAACCCCAUCUCUUCUAAAAAUACAAAAAAUUAGCCGAGUGUGGUGGUGGGUGCCUGUAGUCCCAGCUCUCGAGAGGCUGAGGCAGGAGAAUGUCGUGAACCCAGGAGGUGGGGCUUGCAGUGAGCUGAGAUCACACCACUGCACUCCAGCCUGGGUGACAGAGGGAGGCUCUGUCAAAUUAAAGUCAAACAACAAAGGUUUGCCACAGAGGCAUCUGAAAAAGGAAGGGGCAGAACUUCAGAACUCAGAGGCUUCAAAAUCGAAGAUGAGGCCAAGCAGGAGACUCCUGGCCCACUGAGGGCAGGGGAAGUAUGUGGGGGCUGCUAGGAGAAGACAUCAUAGAGGUCCACCCCCACCUUGUGGUAUGUCACAGAACCGUGCACUUGAAUAGCAGUGCACAUCUUCUCUCCACUGAUUAUGGUAUCUCUUUCCAUUUGUGACUCUCCAAUCUCUCAGGGAGCUUGCUACAAAAUGCACAUUGCUGUACCAUAGCCUGGGGCUUGCAAUCCAAGGCUGGCAAGGAUUCCUGCAUGUCAAGGGCCUCAGGUGACUUUCAUGCACACCCAUCGGAAGGCUGUUCUGAAUCCUGGAUGUCACCUUCCUGCCCAAAAAAGGAGGAAUGAGGGUCAACCAGCAGCAGACCAGUCACAAAAAGGGAUGAAAUUUGAGUGCGUGGCCUUCCUGACACCCAGACAAGACUUUAGGCACAAAGCCAGGCUACAGCUCUGGCCACUGACUCAGACCAGGGAUGCCCCCAAGCAGGCUGGUGUGCCCUGGCUGCUCUUCUCCCUCCUGCCACCCUCUCUUUGGCUGCUUGUGUGAGGAAGGGAGAACCUGCCAGUUUUCAGAAGAAAAUGUAGCUUUAUUAUGACAUAGGAAAGACUCAAGUUAUUAGGGGAGGAGGAGUCCUGAAACAGCUCCUGAAAAUGAGAGGGAAAAGGAAGGUGUAAAUAUGUUGUAAUAAAAUCUCCAACCA